GCUGCGGCACGACAUUUCUCUGGUCUGAAGUGCCAGCUUCCGUACUCAGGUGGACAGUUGAGUGGACACUGGCGGGGACAGGAACAACCCCGGGAACCCUACCUCGAUCCAAAAAAGAGGAAAAAAACCCCCUAUUUUUCAGUAACGAGCUUCAAAAUUACGCAAUUCGUCUGUUGCCAACUCGAUCCUGAACUUCAAUUCCUUUAUCUGAGUUUCUGAUUUUCAUAAAAUCCAAGCAAAAUCAAUAUUGAUAACUUAUCUGAACCAUCAAUUAAAAGCAAUGGACAGUCACUUAACAGCGCCGGUCCGUUCUCGUAGCUCACAGUCGGCGUCUCCGUCACACUCUGCAUCGGCCUCAGCUACGUCAUCCAUCCACAAGCGCAAGCUGGCGUCUGACGAUCACGCACCGCCAUUCCCUUCCUCGUUCUCCGAUACGCGCGACGGAGCACUGACAUCCAACGACGACUUAGAAAGCAUCAGUGCACGAGGCGCGGACUCCGAUUCCGACGACGAGUCCGAGGAGGUGGUUGACGAUGAAGAGGAGGAGUAUGAUAAUUCCUCCAUGAGGAAUUUUACGGCCUCGAGGCUAGAGACCAGCGUGCCACCCCUAGCGAGGAAUACCAAACUCAAGACUGAGAACUCCGUCAAAGUUGAGCCCUCCGAGAUGGCGAAAGAUGGUGGCAACGGUGGCGCCUCUUUCAAUGCUGCAAAUUCUGCUGGUGUUGGUUCUGCUCCUGGUACUGGGGUGAAGGAUGAGGUAGCGAAGAAUAUUCUUACAGAUAAUAUACAAACAAGCGGGGCUUAUAGUGCAAGAGAGGAGAGUUUGAAGAGAGAAGAGGAAUCAGGAAUGCUGAAGUUUGUAUGCGUGUCGAAUGAUGGUACUGAUGAGCAUAUGGUUUGGUUGAUAGGGUUGAAGAAUAUAUUUGCCAGGCAACUGCCUAACAUGCCUAAGGAAUAUAUUGUUCGUCUUGUGAUGGACAGAAACCACAAAUCUGUUAUGGUUAUCAGACGUAAUCAGGUUGUUGGUGGCAUAACAUACCGUCCUUAUGUGAGCCAGAAGUUUGGGGAGAUAGCCUUUUGUGCAAUCACAGCAGAUGAACAAGUUAAGGGCUAUGGGACCAGGCUGAUGAACCACUUAAAGCAGCAUGCACGCGAUGUGGAUGGGCUAACUCACUUUCUAACUUAUGCUGACAAUAAUGCUGUCGGUUACUUCGUCAAACAGGGCUUCACAAAGGAGAUUUACCUAGAGAAAGAGCGGUGGCAUGGGUAUAUUAAGGAUUAUGAUGGAGGGAUUCUUAUGGAAUGCAAAAUUGAUCCGAAGCUUCCUUACACUGAUUUGUCAACUAUGAUACGCCGGCAGAGAAAGGCAAUUGAUGAAAAGAUAAGGGAGCUAUCUAAUUGUCAUAUUGUCUACAAAGCAAUUGAUUUUCAGAAGAAGGAAGCUGGUAUCCCCAAGAAGGCUAUCAAAGUUGAGGAUAUACCUGGCUUGAGAGAUGCAGGUUGGACUCCUGAUCAGUAUGGCCAUUCUCAGUAUAAGAUGGUUAGCUCCUUAACAGAUGGUGUCUCGCAUCAGAAGGCCAUGACUACAUUUAUGCGGUCACUUGUAAAGGUGAUGUAUGACCAUCCUGAUUCUUGGCCGUUUAAGGAACCUGUUGAUGCAAGAGAUGUGCCUGACUAUUAUGACAUCAUUAAAGAUCAAAUAGAUUUGAAGGCCAUGGCAAAACGGGUAGAAUCAGAGCUGUAUUACGUGACUCUUGAUAUGUUUGUUGCGGAUAUCAGGAGGAUGUUUGUAAAUGCACGCACGUACAACUCUCCUGAGACGAUCUACUAUAAAUGUGCAACCAGGUUGGAAUCACAUGUAAUGAACAAGUUUCUAGGCGGUGUCCAAUCUGGUAGCAAGAUUCAACAAUAGCAUAUUUACAGAUUCUUAAGGAGAAUAUGAGCACCACUAAAUUGGUUCCUUCAUUCGCAUGUUAAGCCAUAUUUAUCUGGUAUCAUGAGCGACAUUGAAUUGUUCUUAUACAUCAUAGAAUUGUCUAGAAUCUUUCCAUGUUUACGCGAGAAAAAUGAAGACAUUGCUCUGACACUCCUCUAUUAGUUGGUCCAAAUUACCUGUCAGUUAGUUACUAUUUUAGUAUGGGUUGUAUUCAGUUCUUAAUGUUAACAUUGUCAGAAUUUACAAAUAUGAUGUUUGCUUAAGGUAUUUUGUUUUGAUUUU